AUGCAAGGUGAGUACAAUGGUCUCAAAGCACUUAUUUUGAAAGAGAAUUCCAGUGCUUUCUAUAUUCAUUGUUUUGCUCAUGAGUUGCAGCUACCUCUUGUAGUUGUGGUAAACAAGCAUGCAAAUAUUGAAACUUUCUUUACUUUAGCAAAUAAAGUGGUAAAUGUCGUUGGUGGAUCGGCUAAGCGAUGUGAUUUUCUUCGACAAAAGAAGAGGCUUGAAGUUGUUGAAUUAUUGAAUAUUGUUGAUGUCAUUGAGAUGAUUGCCACUGAUGAUACUAGUUGUGGAAAGCGAGGGAAAGCUCGUCUUUUGUUGGUAUCUAUGUUGACAUUUGAUUUUGUAUUCAGUCUACAUCUCAUGAAAAAGUACAACAUUGAUGUUCCCAACAUGGAUGAUAUUUUUAUACCUCUAGGCCGUUCACGGCGUAACACGCAAGAAAUGACAAAUUUGCAUAAUUUUUGUGUGGAUUUCUUCUAUGCUAUCAUCGAUAUGCAAAUUCAAGAGUUGAAUGAUCGUUUCUCUGAGUUGUGUGAGUAUUAUCCCAAAGAUUUUAAACCAGUAGAGAUUUUGGCACUUGAAGAGCAAAUUAGACAUAUAUUAUUGAUAUGCGCACUCACAAAGAUUUUUAAGGUUUACGAGGUCUUAGUGAUCUUGCAGAAAAUAAAUAGAGUUUUUUCUGCAAUGAAGAUCGUCAAGAAUCGAUUGCGUAAUCGAGUGGGAGAUCAAUGGUUAAGUGAUAGUUUGGUUGUAUAUAUUGAGAAUGAUAUACUUAACAAUAUUGAUAACGAUAUAAUUAUACGACUUUUUAGGGCUUAUUGUAGAAGACUUGUCAAGCAAUGUCUGAAGAAAGGGAACUGA